UUUGAUGAUAGUUUCAAAGGAGUACAUAGUCUUCAGGAUUUUGAGGAUGCUAGACAGGAGGAUUUAUCCACCAAGACGAUUGAAACUAAUUUGCGAGUAUUAAAAGGGAACCUUAAAAAAAGUGAAGCACAGUAUGCCAAACCUUUACGAAAGAUAAUAGGUAAGGUUAAGUUCUCAAAACUUUCAUGGCAUGAUCCACUUGCAAGUCAGGUUCUUAGUAGUGAAGCAAAGAAGGUUAAACAAUUACUAAAAAAAGAAUAUGUGUCUUUUAUAAAACUGGCAAAAAAGAUGAAGAUAUCUCUUCCUCCCUUAAUUGAAACAGUAUGUAAUAAUUUUUUAACAAACUAUGACAAUGGCUCUACAGAGAUACCUUCACAAAAACUUUCUUAUAAGAAUUGGAGAGAGAGUGAAGAGGUUCUUAAAGAUAUUUCAGUUGGAAUACUUGAGACUUUAGGAGAGAUCUGGAAAAAUCUAGCUUUUACUUCUAAAUUUGCUAAAACACAAAGCGAAAAGAUAUAUGUAGCAGAUAUUAUUGUUCCUAUUAUUCAAGCCACAUUAAAAAAUUUGCCAAUUGGAAAAUUUGCUUUAGCUAGCAAGGACAGAAGGGGAGAGAGAGAAAAGCAUUCAGACAUUAUGUUCAUAGUGAAGCAUAUAGAUAGAAUCUAUGAACUAGUGUUUAGUAAAUAUUUACGCAUUGUUUGUAAUAACACUAAAGAAGAUGAUGAUAAG